AUGGAGCCGGCGGCCGCACUCCUCACGAGCAGCCUGCAGCGCCUAAAGCGCGGCCUCAGGGGCCCGGCUCCUGAAACUGCAGAUCAGCGGCGCGCCGUGCGCCAGGGCGCCCUUGACUGCAGCGCGCUGCGCGCCCUGGCGCCAAGCACCGCGGCCAGCAGCGCCGCGGCGGCGUCGGCAGCCCGCCAGGGCGCGGCGGCGGGCGCCGUCUCGGGCGGUUGGAGCGUGCGGCAGCGUGGCGGGCGGCGGGACGGCCUGCAGCAGAUCGACGUCCACGUGUUUGGCAGCAGGGGGGAGUUGGCAGAGGGGGCCGUCGACUGCCACCUCGCCGGCCGCAGCCGCGGCGGCGCGGCGCGGGGCGACCGGCUGCUCGAGCUGUCAUCGGCCGGCGUGCUGCGCUCCCGGGACCUGUCGCGCCGCCUGCGGCUGGACCUGGAAACCGACCUCUCAGGCGCCGGCGCCGGCGCGCUCGGCGCGCUGCGCUGCGCCCGCGCGAGCCUGGAGGGCUCGCGGCAGCUGGGCGGCAGCUGCCUCGCGUCCGCGACGGCGGGCGGGGACGCGGCAGACCCUGAGAGGGGCCUUGCAUGGGGGUUGGCGCUCGAGGGUCAACUCUGCAAGCCGCGGGGCGCCGGGGGCAGCGGCAACCGCGGCGAAGGCGGCAAAGGCGGCGCGCGCUGCAAGCUGGGGGCGCGGCUAUUCUGCGACCGAGCGUUUGGCCGGCAGCUGCUGCUCCAGGCGCAGCGCCUGCUGGGCGGCACGCGGUGGGUGGACGCGCGGUACAGCCUGCACUUUCAGGAGCCCGGCUUCCGGAACGCGGCGCUGCGCUGCAGCCUCUUGAGCGGCCGGUGCGCAGCAAGCGCAGUAGAGCUCACUCACCUCUGGCGAGUUGGCAGCAACUUAAAUGGCGGCGGCGCGAGCGGCGGCGGCAGCACGGGUGGCGGCGCUGCUGGCGCAAGCAGGGUUGGCGGUGGCGGCGGCGGCAACGGCGGCGGCGGCAGCGACGAUGACGGAGUGAUGGGGCCUGCGCCGCGGACGCUGGCGGUCGCGGCGGCCGAAAGCGGCGUCGGCGUGGGCACGACGAGCGGACCGCCUUCACACGGUGCUUCGGGACCUGGGAGCCUUGCUGGCGCUGCUGCUGGCGCCGCCAGCAGUGCCGCUGCAUCGGGGACGAGCAGUGGCGUGAAGGCGCGGCAUCCAACCGUGGCGCCGCCGCAGCCGCAGUGGGAGGUUGCUGCAGCCUGCAGCUAUGGCCCGGCCGGCUGGGGCAGCUCACUCCAGCUGUUGGUCCACACAGGGGAGAGGAUAGACUGGGGACCGCUGCCAGGCGAAAACAACCCAUUCUGCUAUCAAUAG